AUGAGAGACCCUGUGAGUCCGAGUGAAAGGCUGGCCGUAACACUUAGAUUUUUUGUAACAGGAGAUGCUCAGUGUACUAUUGCUGCAAGUUACAGAAUCAGCGCAUCUACUAUCAGUAGGAUUAUUAGUGAGACAUGCGCUGCUAUCUGGACAUCAUUGAAAGAGAGAAAUUUUCUACAUGUCCCAUCAGAAAAUCAAGAACGGAAAACAAUUGCAAAAGAAUUUGAAAACAUGUGGAAUUUUCCGCAUGUUAAAGGUGCAAUAGAUGGCAAGCACAUCGUUAUGCAAGCUCCUCAUAUUGGCGGAUCAGAGUAUUUUAACUAUAAGAAAACGCAUAGCAUAGUUCUUCUAGCUGUUUGUAAUGCUACAUACCAAUUUACUAUGGUAGACAUUGGCGACUCGGGAAGACAGAGUGAUGGUAGCGUUUUUAACAACUGCAGUCUUGGUUAUGCAAUUGAAAAUAAUAAAUUGAAUAUUCCUGAUCCCGAAUAUAUUGGUAAUUCAGAAAAGGUAUUACUGUACGUUUUAGUUGCUGACGAUGCUUUUGGUUUAAAAAGACACAUGAUGAAACCAUACUCUAAUCAAAACAUUCCUUUAGAUCAAAAAAUAUUCAACUACAGACUUUCAAGAGCCAGAAGGGUAAUAUAA